AACUUAGCAGACCUGGGAAACUACAAAGAGCAAGCCAAAAUGGAGGGCAAUUCUAUACUCCAUGCUUUUAACAACAUCUAUUUUGCAAUCUUUGCUUUAUUUUGCUUCAAGCUUUUAAUUAAGAUUUCUUUGGCUCUACUCACCCACUUCUAUAUUGUUAAAGGCAACAGAAAAGAGGCUGCCAGAAUUGCAGAAGAGAUCUAUGGAAUAGCACCAGGUUCAUGGGCAGAUCGAUCUCCUCUUCAUGAAGCUGCAUUCCAAGGGCGCCUGCUAUCUUUGAAAACAUUGAUUGCGCAGGGAUUCAAUGUGAACAUUGUAACCAUAGAUCGGGUUUCUGCUCUCCACGAGGCCUGCCUGGGUGGCCAUGUCGCUUGUGCGAAAGUCUUACUGGAGAACGGCGCUCAAGUCAAUGCAGUCACUGUUGAUGGGAUCACUCCUCUCUUUAAUGCCUGCUGUAGUGGCAGUGCAGCUUGUGUGAACAUGCUGCUUGAAUUUGGAGCCACGCCACAACUAGAGAAUCACCUUGCUUCACCUAUUCAUGAAGCAGUAAAGAGAGGUCACAGGGAGUGUAUGGAAAUUCUUGUGGCCAAUGACGUUGACAUUGACCAAGAAGAUUCGCAGCACGGAACACCCCUUUAUGUGGCCUGCAUGUAUCAGAGGACAGACUGUGUCAAGAAGCUUCUCGAACUAGGAGCCAGUGUUGACUUGGGUAAACGAUUAGACACUCCACUCCAUGCUGCAGUUAGGAAAUCCAGCGCAGAAGCAGUCAACUUGUUAACGGACUAUGGCGCUAGCUUGACACGCAGAAAUGCUGAAUUCAAAUGUGCCCUUGAUCUGGCAGCCCCCAACAGCAAAGUGGAACAGGCCCUCUUGCUUCGGGAAGGUCCUGCCAGCCUUGCCCAGCUGUGUCGGCUGUGUAUCAGGAAGUGUCUGGGUCGCUCAUGUCUUUAUGUAGUCCACAAGCUGAAUCUUCCUGAGCCACUUGAGAAAUUUCUCUUAUAUCGAUAGCUCUAUGACUGUCUAUAAGAUGAUUGCCAAGAGACGAACAAAAUGGCUGUUUACCACAAAGAUAUUAAACCAAAGUGAAAAACAAAGACAUCAUUUACUGCUUACUAUAGGUACCAAACUACUUAGCUGCUGACAUAACAAUACUCCCUGACACAAUACUCCUAUAUGUUGUAACCACUGGAAACUGCUCUGUAGCACAGUGCAUGUUACCAGGAAAUGAUAUUCUCACACUUUAGCGUUAAAUCCACGAUGUUAGAUAAGAGGCUGAAAUAUGCAAACAGCAGAUUGUACAGCUGUGUGUAGGUAUACACCCAAACAGCUGAUUGUACAGGUGUGUGUGUGGGGGGGGGUAUGCACAAACAGCUGAUUGUGCAGGUAUAUGUAUGUGCGGUAUACAAGCCACCUUAAGUAUGAUUUAAUGAAGUCAACUACUGCAUAGAAGUCUGAUGCUAGAGAAGUUUAAAUGAAGCCAAAAGAAAUAAUUCAUUUUCUCCUCUCUUUCCUUUCGAGUGCAGUAAAAAGUCUGCAUGAAUCCUGAACUUUUGAGAUUUCAUGAAAUAAAUCCUCAAAUGAAAAUAUCAAAGGGGAACGGAGCCCCUCAUUGACAGUCUGUGUGGAAACAUCUGGGGGGUGGUAGGUUCCUACCUUCUCUCAUUCCCACUUUAUUUGGCUUUGUGAAAGGACACUGGAACUUUAUUAUGGCUUUAGCCUUCCCAUUAUUAGUUGAAAAGCCUAUGGACUCUCAUAGAGUGAACAGAAGGUCAUAAAGAGCCAGAGCUAUCAGAAUAUAGCAAGUGGAGAUUCUGAGAUUAAUAGUAUGAUAGUACACUUCAAGGUUUGUUUUGUUUUUUUCCGGAGGUUGUUUGGUUAAUAGAAGGAAUGUUUCUUCAAUCCCAGACUUUCGAUACAGUUUUGCCAUAAGCAGGGGGGUAGUGAUGGCUCAUUUAGAUUCAACAAAGCUGAAAAGGGAUUCCAGCUUCAUUUUGUUAUCCCGACCUCUUAAGGGUUUGAGGAACAAAUAUAUUUUCAACCUGUGAACGAACAGUUUUCAAUAUAAGCCACAAAGGAAGAUAAAAAGAAAUAACAUGAGAAAUAGGCAUGGUCUAGUGCAGGGGUAGGCAACCUAUGGCACGUGUGCCAAAGGCGGCACGCGAGCUGAUUUUCAGUGGCACUCACACUG